UAUUUGUAUAACACUAAUGGGUAUAUGAUUUUGAGGAAUCUGACUUGCCAUCAAAGUGCAUUUCAUCUCUUGAAUCGCCCCCAAUUCUGAGGAGGAAGUGGAUGCGUGUUUUACUUUCGUCUUAAAAAAACCUGCAUGGUUUCCUGGCGCUGACAAAUGCCGUUUUUUCUAUGGAAGCGUCCAAGAAUCAUUGUCCUUGCUGUAAUUGCUGCUGGGAUUUUCAUGACAUUCCAAUUCUUUUCUUUGGAAGCCUUGUUUUAUGCACAAAAAAGAGUGGCUGUGAAGUCUUACAGUUCCAGAAAUGAGAAUGAAAGAGAGGAAAAGUUGGUGAAGGAAUUCAACUAUGAAGAUGUUGUGACAGCUAAUUUAAAAGAAUCGAAUGACAUUAAACAUCUUUUAAAAACUCCAAGAGGAGUCCAUAAAGAUGACAAGCAUUUAUAUACAGUAGUUCGAAAGGAUGACAAUGAGAUGUUCAGGUGUGUCAAGUCGGGAAGACUGAUUCCUUAUUCCUGGAUAAAUGAUGAUUAUUGUGACUGUGAGGAUUCCAGUGACGAGCCUGGAACAUCGGCCUGUCCUAACGGUAGAUUCUACUGCACGCUUCAGCUGCCAGACCAGAAGGCAGUCAGUCUACCGUCCAGUGGUGUGAAUGACGGAAUUUGUGAUUGCUGCGACGGUAGCGACGAAUGGGCAGGAAGGGCACCACCAAAGUCAAUGAGGCAUCAGGGUAAAAACAUAGUCCUACAAGCUCCGUGCCAAAACCACUGUGAUACCAUUGCAAAAAUCAGCAAAGAAAAUGAACAGAUCAGAAAAAUGGGACAGAGAUUAAAAAGAAGCUAUCUUUUAGCUGCUCAGUCACUGAGGGAUAGAGAAGUGUAUGGACCAGAGGGGGUGUUUUACAAAUUGAGUCUGAACUGUUUUUCACAUCAAGUUCAUCCAUACGAAUACAAAGUUUGUCCAUUCCAAAAAGUUACUCAGGAACAGUUUCCCUCACAGCAGUGGUCCCUGGGCAGGAAGGCUGCCUGGAAACAGAAGUCACACGGUCAGUUCCUGCUGGAGAUGUCGGGAGGGGACGCUGUAAAUUGUCCUGGGAGAGGCAGGCAGUCACUGAUUCUAUUUCUCUGUGGCAUCACUGACCGUGUUGUGGAAUUAAGAGAAGACCAGCGUUGUGAAUAUCUUAUUAAAUUUGCCACCCCAGCAGCAUGUUAAUUAUGUUAUUUAAGGUUUAUCAGACAAUCAGUUAUUAUACAUGUAGUAUGUAUUCACAGGGGGUGGUAUAAAACAUACUACUGU